CUGCUCCUUCAUGAGUUGCGCGCUGUGAUCAGCACUUGAAAAAAUGACGACCGCGCAGCCCGAUUUCUCCGAAGCGGGCCCUGACUCGCUUUUCCUCGAGCCUCCCGGUAAUGGCGGUUCGCAGUCCGGCCGGAAAAAGGGUGGGUGGAUCACCUUCCCCUUCAUCAUGGGAAGCAGUGCGAUGCUGGGGCUUGCAGUGAAUGGUUCAUUUGCAAACCUCAUCGUCUACCUCAUCCAACAAUUCAAUGUUGAUCGGAUCGCUGCAGCGCAGAUCUUGAACGUAUUUAAUGGAUCAACCAACAUUACGCCUGUUGUUGGUGCCAUCAUCUCAGAUUCCUUCCUCGGGGCCUUCAUGGUUAUCCUGAUAUCUUCACUCAUUUCCUUCAUGGGUCUUAUUCCACUGACUCUAACAUCUAUACUGCCAUCACUUCGGCCCUUACCUUGCGCAUCAACAAGCAACCAAUGUGAAACACCAUCGGCGUUGCAGUACACAGUCCUCUACAUCUCACUAGCUCUGGUUGGUGUAGGGAUUGGAGGCACAAGAUUUACAACUGUCGCAUUUGGGGCGAACCAAUUCGCCGAUGAAGCGAGUCGGGAUGUUUUUGUUAAUUGGUUCUUCUUCUCACUCUAUACUGCUAACCUCUUGGCUAGCACAGUUGUUGUGUAUGUGCAAGAUAAUGUGGGAUGGGCUUGGGGUUAUGGGGUUUGCUUAGUUGCUAAUAUUAUUAGUGUUUUUACCUUCAUUAUUGGCAAAUGGCACUACCAAGAUGUGAGGCCUCAGGGAAGUCCAUUCACUGGCAUUGCUCGCGUUCUCGCCGCAGCCAUCCGGAAGAGGAGAGUGGCGCUGUCACCAAAUUUUGAUGACUACUUUUAUCAAGACGACAGUGAGAUCGCCAAGAAGGAGCCAUGUCUGUUAACUCCCAAGUUCAAGUUUCUCAACAAAGCAGCCCUUGUAGAAGAAGGAGACACCCAUUCCGGUGGAUCAAUAGCAAAACCAUGGAGGCUAUGCACAACUCAACAAGUGGAAGACCUCAAAACGCUCAUCAAAAUACUACCAAUUUGGUCCAGCAACAUAUUUCUCGGGUUACCCAUUGGGGUUCAAGGUAGCUUGGCUAUACUUGAAGCCCUCACCAUGGACCGCCGCUUGGGCUCCCAUUUCUCUAUUCCAGCAAGUUCAUUCUUGGUCUUCUCCUUCCUUGCUGGAGCCGUCUUCAUUGCUCUCUUAGACCGUGUUGUCUACCCAUUUCUCCACAAGUUAUUGGGGUUGUCGCCGACACUCUUCCAGCGCAUUGGUGCCGGCCAUUUGAUCACUAUCAUGGGAAUGGUAGCGGCAGCUCUAGUCGAGGCCCGGCGACUAAGUAUAGCACAUAGUCAUGGUACCAUGGAGCAGUUCAAUGCAACUGUACCCAUGUCCGCCCUUUGGCUCGUGGCUCCCUUUGCACUGGUAGGUGCUGGAGAAGCGUGCCAACUUCCAGCUCAGGUGAGUUUCUACUUUGAGGAGUUCCCGGCACCGUUAAAGGGCUCGUCGGCGGCGAUGAUGGCCGUGAUCAUUGCCAUUGGAUUUUAUCUGAGUGCUGCUGUGGUGAAGAUCGUGAAGAUCUCAACUAGUUGGUUGCCAAAUGAUAUUAACCAUGGGAGAAUGGAUAAUGUAUUUUGGAUGCUUGCUGUUUUGGGGGCUUUCAACUUCUGUUACUUUGUCAUAUGUGCCAAAUUGUAUGAAAGAAAGCCUUCAAUCAAACAUUAAGUAAUUGCCUCUGCAGGAGAGGUGCAAGAA